GACCAGCUACGAUCCCGAGCUUCUGUAGGCAUUCACCAUGACGAGUAGCAACGCAAAAAUUAGCUAAAGAAAGAAAAAAAACACCGAAUCUCGUGGUUCCGAGGGAACGGCCAUUUUGAUGGCGGAACCCUGACAUACCAGCUCAUCAUCAAACCAAUCACGUAUAAAAUGGCGGCUCACAGUUUUUGCUCCGCAGCAGCUAUCAUCCUGCCCCCUUCCAAUAAUGGCUCCCUACUGCCGUUUGGUAGCUGCUGCACUAGCCCUAUCUACGAACGUGACGAACCAAAAUUACGACCCCUUCGUUGGAGGCAUCGAUAAUGACACGCUUUCCUUGGUUCUCAACAACAUGGUCCAGGUAUCUACUAAAAGUUGGGAACUGGGAACGGCUACCGAGGCACUCUUGGAGUAUUUGUAUUCCGAGUUUUCGGUGUUCAAUUCGAGUGCAUUCCCGCCUGGACACACGUUGAAUACGACGUAUAAUGAUUCGAAGGUCUUGGAUAUCGCUACUGAGGUUGUUCGGGCCAAGUCGAACACAAGCAUGACUCUGGUGGAAGACACGGCUGUUGGUGAUCCCGCAAGUCUUGGCGUUUCCGUCCUCCUUGCCAACUGGACACGAACAAAUGAAAGCGACACGUCCUUCUCUACCGCAGCGAGCGAAGAACUUGACUACCUCCUCAAUUAUGCCCCACGGUCAGAUUCCGGCGCCAUCUCUCAUCGAUCAGAUCAAGUUCAACUAUGGGCCGACUUUAUAUAUAUGGCCCCCCCGUUCAUUGCCUAUUAUGGCGCACUCGAAGGUGGGGACAGUGGGGUUCAGCUCAUACAGACAGCGUACGAACAGAUUUCACUUUACCGCGACGUGUUGAGAGACGACAGUGGGUUAUGGAAGCACGUCCUUCUAGGUACCUGGAACGACACGACGCAUUGGGCUACUGGGAACGCCUGGGCUGCUGCAGGGAUGCUCCGUGUCCUAGUGACAAUGAACCAUACCGCACAAGCAGACGAGUUCACCGGACAAAGUGCAAAUCUGACGUCAUGGAUCGGCGAAAUCCUCUCUGCUGCAUGGGAAUACCAGGCAGACAAUGGCACACUGAGGAAUGUUAUCGACGAUGAGUCAACUUUUCCGGAUUCUUCCUCGACAGCCCUGCUCGCCGCAGUGACAUACCGAAUGGCUGCAUUCAAUAACGACUCUUCGCUCAUUCCCAAGGCCGACAAGGCUUUCGAGCUGAUAAAAGGCAAUAUCGAUGACGAAGGAUGGUUACAGGAUACCGUCGACCCAUAUACCUUUACGACCGCCACAGCAGCAGAUGGGUAUAGUCCAGAAGGGCAGUCGUUUGUGAUAUUGCUCGCAGCAGCCUGGAGGGAUUAUAUCCUCUUCAAUUCCACUAGUUCUGAUGAUUCAUGAGAAUGCGACUUUUAUGAGGGGUUUAUGAGAUAGGGCAUUUAUACGUUAUAUCCUGUAUUUGUACGGAGCACGCAAUUUUUGUAUAAGUAGUUUAGGCUGGGCACUAGAUAAAGUGUUGAUACUGAUAAUGCGCCGAACUGUAAAACAGUGGGGAGUGAGUGUGACCUUGGCAUGUAUUGGUC